AUGGGGAAAGGCCUCGAGAUACUCCCCACCGUGGUGCUCAACUCCAAUCUCUUAGACCUCGAAGUGAUCUAUCAACGCUUGCUCCAAGUCGCCGCGAUUCUAGUGAUAGGAUACUUGGUCCUCACUGCGAUUUAUGAACUCUACUUCUCACCUCUGUCCAAGAUCCCCGGACCAUGGUAUGCUGCGGUUUCACGGUUGUGGCUGAUAUACAGAUCGCUAAGGGGGGGUGUUAUUUUUACCGCCUACGACUUACAUAAACAGUAUGGCCCAUAUGUUCGAAUGUCUCCAAAUGAGAUUUCAGUAGCCGAAAUAGAAUCAGUACGAAAGAUACACGCUCCUUCAGAUCCAUACGAGAAGGCAGGAUUUUAUAAGACAAUUGGAAAGGGAUUCAAAACCAUAUUCGUUCUUACAGACCACGAAGAAUACAAACACCGUCUUAAAGCUCUUGGGGGCGGGUUUGCAGCCAUGAAUCUAGCCUUAUUGGAGCCGGUUAUUCGCAAACAUGUGGAUACCUGCGUAUCAAAACUUAAGCAAGAACUCGAUAACGGCAGGAAUCCGGACGUGUUUUUAUGGGUUCAAUAUAUGAGCACCGAUAUCAUCGGAGAGAUCAGCUUUGGGAAAGACUUUGGGAUGUUGGAGAGUGAAACUAUCAAUCCAUUGAUUCGAGAUGCUAUGACAUACCUUGCCCUAUUAGCAAUGCGGGCUUUCGUUCCUUUGAUGCAACUCUUAGAACCGGUACUCUCCCACAUCCCCCAUUCCGGAAUUCAACGUAUUUUCGGCUCUGAACAGCGGAUUCUGAAAUACAGCAAUAACGCAAUCCUCAGUCUAGUCCGCGAUAGCCAGGAUUGCAAAGACGGGGAAGUAAAACCAAAUUUAUUCUCUAAAAUGUUGAGAAACCUAGACAAUCCCAAGUGUAGGUAUAAAAUGACUAUGGAGGAGAUAAGGCAUGAUUCUUUUGGGUUUAUCCUCGGAGGAAGCGAUACAGUCACAAUCACCGGAAGCUUUAUUAUAUGGGCCAUAAUCAGACACACAGAGGUACGCAAAAAGCUAGAAGCAGAGAUCCAGAGCCUCGGUGUUGGUGAUAUUACGGAUAAAAAGCUCCAAACACUGCCAUUCUUAAAAUGUGUGAUACAAGAAGGUGUAAGGAUGUACUCGGCGGCCCAGUUCUAUCUUCCUAGGGCCGUGCCUGGUACUGGAAGAAAGCUUGGACCGUACUUUUUACCGGGAGGUGUAGAGGUUAUAACUCCAAUAUACACAAUUCAGAGAAAUCCAGAUAUCUUUCCUGAACCUCAUGUCUUCAAACCCGAGAGAUGGAUGAAUGCCACGGAUGAAAUGAACGACGCCAUAAUAGCCUUCGGUGGAUCUUCUCGAGGUAAAAACUUGAGUAUGAUGGAGAUGCGCCUUCUCAUCGCUGUCCUAUUGACUGAAUAUCCCGAGGUCGACCUCGCAGAAUCUUGUACAGACGAGAGCAUGGAAAUAGUGGAAUUUCUGUGUAUCAAACCUAGAGGAGGCAAGUGCGAAUUAAAGAAGAAGAAAAUUAUAGAAUAA